AGUUUAACCUUACUGUUCUGGUCCUACAUGGGUGUAUGGAAUGUAUAAUUAUUGUAUACUGCAGAAUAAUUAGAAGGCGAAUAACCUGCCAAGCUCGGUCAAUGAUAGUCAGGUUCAAUCAACUAAUGGUAUUGUCAUACAUUUUAGUGUGAAUAUUAAUUUCCAUAGUUGUUUUUGUUUAUUAUGCAUUUGUAAAUAUGAUAGUAUUCAACGUCAUCCACUCAGCAGCAACAACGGUGACAAAAUGAUGAUGUGUUUCGGGUAGGGUUCACAGUUUGUUGGGUGGUAAUUAUAGUCCAGAGGAAAAAUCAAUCAUGACUAAUAACAUUGUACCAAGAACAAACAUUGUAAUAACAGUCCAUUAUUUUAAACAACAAAAAAACAUAAAUUCUACUUUUAUUUCAUAAUUGAUUUAGGCCUACCAUUUUUACAUUUGCUCAAAAUUGAAAGCUGCAUCAGUUCUAAGCGAAUGAAUGACCACAAUCAUGAUGACGACCACUUUCCUGUUGAUGCAACUGGAUAGUCCCCGACUUUAAUCCUUUUGUCACUUGUCCUUGUCCAAACAGUCGUCGCUGUAGAUUCGGUCGAGAUAAAGUUCGUGGACGCUCCUCCUAAUAUGUUGCUGCUUUUGCUUUUGGAGUUUGUGCUCACGCGCCGCAGUCCGGUGUGCCGGGGAAGUGCUUUUAUCAGCUCUUGCGAACCUCUUAGAAACGACUUUCUUUGACCCUCGGCGGUGUCGUUGAUUGUCGUUUAUUUCUGCCUAUCCCUACUCUUUUUUUAGGCUACUGGAAAACCGAAGGCAGCUGAACUGAGCAUACCUUUUGAGGAGCCAAGGACCUUUGUAAAACCGUGGUCUGUCAGUGGUCAUUUUGGAAGGCUUCACAUUGGCUCGUGAACGAUGAAACGUAACAUAGUUUUGGAGCAUUUGUAUUGCCUCAUUUUACUCCCUAAUACAAUGUUUUGUCAAACAGUGCUGCCCCCAGAAUGUGCUCCGGGGGGUCACUCUCUGCUCCAGAACCCAUACCGCAGCACCAGUUUCAGCUCCCGCAGCCUGCAGCAGUCAGCCCUCCAGGACUUCAUCUGUGACCAUUCCCUCAUACCAGGCUGGUACCAGUUCCAGAUCUUUGACAAGCCCGCCAGCAUGCCCACACAAUGUGUGGAGGUGAACCACUGUGGGACCCAGGCCCCAGUCUGGCUGUCUCUGGGGGAGGGCGAGAGCCUUCCGCGGCCCCUGGAGGUGACGCAUCUGACGGCCUGUGCCACCUGGCAGUUCUUCCUCAGCAGCAGUAAGGACUGCUGCCUGUUCCGCAUCCCUGUCACCGUGCGCAACUGUGGAGACUUCUACGUCUACCUGCUCCAGCCCACCCAGGGUUGCAUGGGCUACUGCGCACAGGAGAUGUCAGACUCUGCGGCGGUGGUGUGUGGUCCUGACGAGGUGGAGGUUGAUGGAGCGUGUAAAGCCAAACAGCCUCCUUCUCCAGCAGUACCUGUGAUAGUAGCAGAGCUCUCUGGGAGCAUCGUCUACCUGAAGUGCAGCUUCGAGGGCCAUAGCGUGAACAGCUCCCUAGGCUAUGUGGUUGCCUGGUCUCGCCUCUCCCCCCAAGGCAUCAAAGAAGAACUGAAACAAGAGACUACUGUCCAAACCGUUGCCUUCAUCGAGCUGGACGGGAUCAACCUCCGACUGGGGGACAAGAUUUACUGCAGUUGCUCCAGUUUUUUUCUGGACUCGCCGGAUAUCCAGGGAACCCCAGCGGAGAGCGAAGAGUUCUUCGCCGGGAUCAGGUUGAGACCAGAGGUGACUACUGUGUCUGAGGAUGGGAAGGACUAUGAGUUGACUGUGGAGAGUACCAUCCCUGUCCCCUGCCCUGACAGUGCCUCCUCCUCCACCAAAGAGCAGUGUACUCUCUCCUUACACCUGAGUACAAGCAAUCAAGGAGACGAUCUGCUGGGUCCAGACGUGGUGUUGUCGUCGUGCCGGGUGGAUCUCUCCCAGAGCCUGGGGUGUCGUAACGGGGUGUGUAGCCAGGCCCUGGUUCACCUCAGCGCGGUCACAGACUUCCUCAGGGACGGGGACAGGACAACACAGAUCUUUGUCAAACCCAUCGUCACAUCCAACUUCCUCUGGAGCGGCUACACACCACAGAGUGUGCAGAUCACAGUGACAGAUGUUCCCUCUGCAUACUGCUACUCUUUCACUGAUCCUCACAUCAUCACGUUUGAUGGCAGGCAGUAUGACAACUAUCAGAUCGGGACGUUUGUGUUGUACAAGAGCACACGGCAGCCAUUCGAGGUCCAUGUGCGCCAGUGGGAGUGUGGGAGCGUUGUCCACGGCGCCUCGUGCAUGUGCGGCUUCGUGGCGAGAGACGGCAGUGACGUCAUAGCCUUCGACAUGUGCAACGGAGAGCUGGGGCACACCAGGCCGCACCUGUCGGUGAAGAACAGGGACGUGGGCAAGAGCGGCAUCCGCAUCACUGAGUCUUACCAAGGACGCAAAGUCACAAUGACCUUCUCGUCUGGGGCGUUUGUGCGUGCCGAUGUGUCUGACUGGGGCAUGAGUCUGACCCUGAGGGCCCCCAGCUCCGACUGGAGCCAAACCCAGGGCCUGUGUGGGACAUAUGACGGACAGACCCACAAUGACCUCCACACAGCAGGGGGCGCAGUGCUGGACAACGAAGACGUAGCAGCCUUCAUCUCUGAAUGGAAACUCCCUCCUGGUGGCAGCUUGUUUGACACCGUUCCAUCCUAUCAGAGCACCUCAAACCCUCGCAGGUACUGUAACUGUGAAGAGGAGUCCCGCCCCACGUCCCCGCGAACCAGGUCUCAGCCAAUCCCUGGCUCCGACUCCUCCUGUUCUCACCACGUCAACGUGAGACUCCACAGUAUCAUCCCCACUCUGGAUGUCACUGCCGAAUACAUCAACUCAGUAGAGCUGUUCAAAGGCCACCACGACCACCUCUCAGGAAACUCCAAAGAGCAUGGCCGGGCCGAGGACACCGCCGCCCAGCCUGUAGAGAGAGGCUCUACUCUAACAGGCUCCAGCCAUGGAGCCAACAACCAGAGGAGCCGUGGAAGGCGCCAGUCCUACCAGUUCCUCCCCGACACGCCCUACCAGAGCCUGAGCCAGUCCGACCUGGAGGGCUUCACCUACUUCUUCCCAGAGGACCACGAGCUGACGGCCCGGCCCGAGUCCUCCCCUCCCCCCACCUGGCCCACCCUGUCUGGUCUGACACAGCUCCAGGCCAGGGUUCAGUGCCAGCAGGCCGUGGCUAACUCCAGCGUGGCUCUGGGCUGCGGCCAGCUCUUAGGCCCGGCCAUAGUGAGCCAGGCGGUGGCUAUGUGCGUCAGCGACCUCCAGCUAAAGGACGACCAGGCCUGGGUGGGCGCCACUCUGCCUCUGCUUGAGAACGAGUGUGAGAGGAGGCUAGUGGAGGAGAGGGGGAGAGAGGUAGAGCACCAGGACAUGCUGUCCUUCCUCAAGUGUCCUAAUCUAUGCAAUGGGAAUGGGCAGUGCUCCGAGUGGGGGUGUGUGUGCUUCCCCGGGUUCGGCUCCUACGACUGCAGUGUUAUCUCUGACCAGACUCCAGAGAUCACAGAGCUGGAGAACGAGGGACUGUGUGAUGUCAGACAGAGUGACUGCUCCACUGUACAGGUCUUUGGACAAGGCUUCAAAGACUCCUAUGAACUCAAGUGUGAAUUUUUGAAGGAAAAGUUUGUGGAUGGUGAGUGGACCCUGGACGAACCUCAGUUUACCCUGGCUACCUUCCUGGAUGUGUCAGGUCUGGAGUGUCAGCUCCCCCUGGAGUACAGACAAGCCAUUGCAGGCCUGGACCUGGAUACGGCCACCGACAGACCCCUCGCUCGCUMGCAGAUCAAAGUGUCCAACGACGGCUACGGCUACAGCAACGCCAAGAUCCUGACCCUGUUCGAUGGAGCCUGUCAGAUCUGCACACUCAAUGCUGACGUUCUCUGUACCUCCAGGGAGAAAACAUGCAACAUUGACAGUGUGUGUUAUGGAGAGGGAGACCUCAAUCCCAGCAGCCCUUGCCUGAUAUGCCGACCAGACUCCUCCAAAUACACAUGGUCCAUCGCUGAGAAGAAUGAGCCACCGGUGUUUCAGUCAGCUCAGGGGCGUCUGCAGACAUUCCAGGGGGAGAACUUUGUGUACCAGCUGCAGGCUCAGGAUCCAGAAGGCUCUGUGGUGCUGUUCACUCUGGAGUCAGGCCCCAGUGACUCCUCCCUCUCCCCCGCUGGCCUGCUCAUCUGGAAGGCUACUGACACUACUGCCUCCUCCUCCACGCAGACCUUUCAGUUCACUAUCACAGACGAUUGUAGUGCUGAGACGCUUGAAUCUGUACAGGUCUCUCUGCGGCCCUGUGACUGUCUGAACGGAGCUUCCUGUGUUACAAACAUCAACCUCCCCUCUAGCAGCGGGGAGUACCUAUGUGUCUGUCCCGCUGGCUUCACAGGGGACAGGUGUGAGGAGGACAUAGACGACUGUAAACCCAACCCCUGCCGUCUGGUCAAGUGUAUAGACGGACCCAACUCUUUCUCCUGCAUCUGUCCCCCCGGAAAGAAUGAGCCACCAGUGUUUCAGUCAGCCCAGGGGCGUCUGCAGACGUUCCAGGGAGAGAACUUUGUGUACCAGCUGCAGGCUCAGGACCCAGAAGGCUCUGUGGUGCUGUUCACUCUGGAGUCAGGCCCCAGUGACGCCUCCCUUUCCCCCACUGGCCUGCUCAUCUGGAAGGCUACUGACACUGCUGCCGCCUCCUCCAAGCAGACGUUUCAGUUCACUAUCAAAGACGAUUACCUCAAUCCCAGCAGCCCUUGCCUGAUAUGCCGACCAGACUCCUCCAAAUACACAUGGUCCAUCGCUGAGAAGAAUGAGCCACCGGUGUUUCAGUCAGCUCAGGGGCGUCUGCAGACAUUCCAGGGGGAGAACUUUGUGUACCAGCUGCAGGCUCAGGAUCCAGAAGGCUCUGUGGUGCUGUUCACUCUGGAGUCAGGCCCCAGUGACUCCUCCCUCUCCCCCGCUGGCCUGCUCAUCUGGAAGGCUACUGACACUACUGCCUCCUCCUCCACGCAGACCUUUCAGUUCACUAUCACAGACGAUUGUAGUGCUGAGACGCUUGAAUCUGUACAGGUCUCUCUGCGGCCCUGUGACUGUCUGAACGGAGCUUCCUGUGUUACAAACAUCAACCUCCCCUCUAGCAGCGGGGAGUACCUAUGUGUCUGUCCCGCUGGCUUCACAGGGGACAGGUGUGAGGAGGACAUAGACGACUGUAAACCCAACCCCUGCCGUCUGGUCAAGUGUAUAGACGGACCCAACUCUUUCUCCUGCAUCUGUCCCCCCGGAAUGACAGGUCAUACCUGUAGAGAGGAUGUGGAUGAAUGUGCCGCAGAGCCGUGCUUCCCUGGCGUGGGCUGCAAAAACACACUGGGCUCAUUCACCUGUGGCUCCUGUCCAGAGGGUUACACUGGGGACGGGAAGAGCUGCAUUAAAUCGGAGCCGUCCAGUGGUAAGGGUGAUGACUAUGAGCCUAUUCAUAGAGUGACCGUGCCUGUACCCGCUGUACCCACAGGAGGUCACCAGGGUUCUGGCACGGUUAAACCAUCAAGCCAGGCCCCCUGCUCCAGACAGCCAUGCUACCCAGGGGUGCAGUGCUUCGAGAGCAAACACGUGUCAGUAGGGUACAUCUGUGGACCCUGUCCACCUGGGCUCCAUGGCAACGGACACACCUGUAGUAGAAGCACCACAACAGGACAUAGGCCAGUUACCACCAACAGAGAAGAUGGACGUCCCCAAGUGACGGAAGACUCUAUUAGCCCCCAGGACCAAACUAUCACCAGAGUCCCCACCCCCACCAAUCACAACCGAGGUCAGAGCAGCAAGGUGGACCUGACUCCUGACCUCAGCCACGGGGUCAGGUCGGGGUCAUCGUCUCCCAUAGUGACCUGUGCGGACUCGCCCUGCUUCUCCGGUGUGCCCUGCGAGCCCACUGUCUCAGGCUCCUUCAAGUGUGGCCGCUGCCCAUAUCGUUACACUGGAGAUGGGGUCACCUGCAAAGCUGUGUGCCGGUAUCCAUGUGGAAGGAAUAUGGAGUGCUCUCUACCCAAUACCUGCACUUGUAAAGAAGGCUAUACCGGAUAUAACUGCCACAUAGCUGUCUGCCGACCGGACUGCAAGAACCAGGGGAAGUGUGUCAACCCAGAUGUGUGUGUCUGUCCCAUGGGCUACAGCGGGCCAACAUGUGAGGAAGCUAACUGUGAGCCAUCUUGCCAGCAUGGAGGAACAUGUCUGGUCAGGAAUCUCUGCACCUGUCCUUACGGUUACGUGGGACCAAGAUGUGAAAUCAUGGUGUGCAACAGGCACUGUGAAAACGGAGGGGAGUGUAUUUCUCCCGAUGUGUGUAAGUGCAAGUCUGGCUGGUACGGACCAACAUGUAACUCAGCUGUCUGCAAUCCAGUGUGUUUGAAUGGUGGGACUUGUGUCAAACCCCACAUCUGCGCCUGUCCCAGUGGCUUCUAUGGCUCCCAAUGUCAGAUUGCUGUGUGCAGUCAUCCCUGUAAGAACGGAGGUCAGUGUAUGAGGAACAACGUGUGCUCCUGCCCCGGGGGCUACACAGGGAAGCGGUGUCAGAAGAGUGUGUGCGACCCCAUGUGCAUGAACAAGGGGAAGUGUGUGGGGCCCAACUCCUGCUCCUGUGCUUCAGGGUGGAGGGGAAAGAGGUGUAACAUUCCCGUGUGCCUGCAGAAGUGUAAGAACGGUGGUGAGUGUGUGGGACCCAACACCUGCCACUGURCCACAGGAUGGGAAGGCCUACAGUGUCAGUCCGCCAUCUGUAAGCAGAGAUGCCUCAAUGGGGGAAGGUGUGUCCUGCUCAACUUCUGCCACUGCCGCAACGGGUACACUGGCGUCACCUGUGGGUUAAAGGCCGCUCUUGCAUAAGGGAAAUGACUGAAGAUGCAGAAGUUUUACAAAAUACACAAUGCAAAUGGAGUCUUUAUUAGGCAGUAUGUGAUCGUGGAGUGUGUGUGCCUGUAUGUGUGUGUGCCUGUGUGCCUGUGUGCGUGUGCGUGUGCGUGUGUGUGUGUGUGUGUGUGUGUGUGUGUGUGUAUCUUUGUACAUUAACAGGGGGACUGGAUAUAUUGCACGUAUCUAAUUGUCCCUGUUUUUUUUCUACCUCAAUGCUCAAGGUAGCACAUUGAUGUAAAGCCCUUGCAUAAGAAAUGCAUAACAUAUUCAUAAACAAUGCAUUAUACUGUCUUAAACACUGCAUAUUCAUUCAGAAAUGUUUAUGCCAAUCGUGUUGAUGUCUCAAAAGCUACGUUUACCCAGGUAGCCCAAGUCUGAUCUUUUUCCACUAAUUGAUCUUUUGACCAAUCAGAUCUGCUCUUUUGAAGGUAAUUGGGCAAAAGAUCAGAAAUGUGCUGCCUGUAUAAACGCAGCCAGACUAUGUAAUCUAACAUAGACAUUAAUUCAUGUAUUUUAAUGCAUAAAGUCCUUAUCCUGCAUUAUAGUCCUUAUCCUAGGCUUUUAUACAAAAGUGUUACUGCACACGGCUAUGUUGGAGUAAGAGAAGAGAAUCAGAUGAAAAACUAGUUGAUGGUUUAUUGAAGAACAAUCUAGCUUUAUAUGAUAUUAAUACCCACUUUUCUAUUUGUUUUGUUCCUUGUUAGUGAUUUGACCUAAGUUUUUUCCACUCUGGUUUAUUGUGGUACUGAAAGUGUUUGUUUUUUUGUCUAAACUAUUGUGCACUGUUGUUUCAUACUUAAUAUGUAUGGAGAAAUAAUUAUGUUCUUCUUUUUACAUCACACCUGCUUUGGAAAUGUUAUUAGCUUGUUUGAUUUUUAGGGCCACUUGUCUGCAAUUGUUUUGUGACUGUUGACGAGAUCUGUUGUAAGUAUCAAUUCAGUUAUACUUGAUCACUUCUGUACAUUAUACUGUACAUAGGUCAAAACAUUWGCUAUUUUAACAUUUACACCGCGUUGUUGUAAAUCACGCAUAUGGAAACAAAAUAAAAAGUUGAUGUGUAACUUGCUUUAAGUAACACGUUGAAUGGUUGAAAUACAAUACGGUAAGGGAUGGACGAACACUUUUGUAACAGUUCAGUUGUACUAUUAAUUGGCUACAGUAUAUUGUUAGUAAAAGCAGUUCGCUAAGUGUUGUUUUACUGUAAAUCAUCUGACUGCAUGAUAAGAAAAUAACAAUAAACCUUUUAUCCACA